AUAAAAGUGUAAAAAUACACCAAUAUUUUCAAUUUAAUAUCAGCCGUUGGCUUUUUUCCGGUGCACUCUCUUCCAGCUGUACAAUCAAAACAAAAGCGAUUGAAGAGCUUUUGGCGCUCUGCUUUUUGGCUUUGUCGCCGAGCUUUGCACACUUUUUAUCAAUCGGUCAAGAACGUUUGACGAGCGCAGACCAACAAAAAUAAUCCAACAAGAAGCUAAAGACUCUUUCAAAGCCAAACAGUGUAUUGGUGAGCACACACACACACACAAACGCACACAUCAAGUGUGAUAAUCAAAAUAAAAAGGAAAACAAAAACAAUUAAAGUGUACCGAGAAGAUUGAAAAAAAAAACUUUAGAAAAAAUCAUCUACAUAAUUAUAGUAGAUUUGUCAUAAUUUCGUGAACACCAAUAAAAACAAGUUUUUUAGGAAUAGCCGCGUUUAACGAACUAGUUUCCGAGGCAACGAAAAACUAUAACAAUUUGCAUAAAUAAAUAAACCAACAAACAUAAACGCUGCCAAACUUGACGAAUGCUUUGGAAUUUGUCUACCGAAUAAUAUAUAUACAUAAAGCGCUGUGUGCGUGUAUAUAUGUAUAUAAAUUCUUAUUAGAACCCCACACACUCCAAAACAAAAACAAAAAAGCGCGAGAGAGAGAGAGAGCAAAGCAAAAAGCCCCAAAGUUUAGGCUUUGCUCUUGCUGGCUCUUUCUUCCAUCGAUCAGUUGUUCGCUUGCCGCUCAGCUGCUCGGUCGAAACUUGGGAAAUAAACCGCAAAAUUGACAACAAACCGCGAAUGAAGAAAAAAGUUUAUGAAAUAUAGGCAGAAAAAAGGCAAACAAAGCUAAUCACAAUUUGUUGUAAAUUUUUGCCAUUAAUUUAGAAACGAGUUUCAGAAAAAAUUAUUGAGUGCGCUCCGCCGAGUACGAGUACGGAAUAAUACAAAUAAUAAAUUAAAAACGACUUUGUCGCCGCUGAUAAGAUUCUCCUCCGUCGCUUAUCAAAAUUCACAUAUAAACUUGAGUGUUUAGUUUGGUGUGCUAUUGUGAUUUGGAUGAUAUAUACUACAAAUGUGCUUCAUUAUAAAUAAAUUUUCGUCUUAAUCGCCACAUGUGUGACCUAGUUUAAAAAAACACAACACACACACACACGCACGCAUAAUAUAACAAUGAAAUUUACAUAUAAACGUGGACCUCACCAUGCAUAAUAAUUAAUAACGAAAACGAGAAUGAGGAUGAGGAAAAAUUAAACAAAAAUACAAUAUCAAUUAAUUUGUAAACACCGCGCGGGAUGAAUGUUUAAACUGUGUGCAUUUAAUUGAAAAUCUUCGAGGAAGUAAUAUAAAAACGCCUUUACAACAAAUCAACACAGCAUCAUUUUCUGGCCUGUUUAUAAAGCAACAAGGUGUUAAAACGAAAAAGGCAGAUAAGAUACCACAAGACAACAUCGGGCCUGGGCGCCCAUCUAGAGAAGGAGUAGUUAUAAACCUAGAGAAGAUCGCGGGAUUCCACCGCGACAUACAAUGACAGAGAAUCAGCUGUAUCCCAUGUCAUCGGAAUUCUUUGACACCGGCUCGAACAGCAGCAACAACACACUCAAAUACGAUCUGUAUUCGCUGGGUUCCACCGUUGUGGGUGCGGCUCUGCCCACGUUGACCAUUAAUACGGGCUACGGCAGCGGCAGCAGCAGCAUCAACAGCAACAAUAAUAAUAAUAACAACAACAACAAUAACAAUAGCAGUAGUCACAGCAGCAGCAGUAGCAGCAACUGCUCCACCAGCACCACAAAUACCUGUAAUGUAAUGCUAAGUACAACGGCCAUAACAAUACCACGCAGCAGCAACCACAACCAGAGCCAUCAUCAUCCGUAUCAGCAGUCGGAUUUGCAGACACCUCGUCAUCAUCCCAGUCCCCUACACGCAAUGCCCACAAUGACCCACCAGCAACAUCAACUGCAUCAGCAACAGCAACACCACCACCAGCAGCAGCAGCAGCAGCAACAGCAAGAACAGCUGCAGCAUUCGCAUUUGGCAUUGGGUGAGCUUUCGGAUUUUGGUCUAGAUGCUCUCGAUGCCGCUUCCCUUUCACCCACCCUGCUGCAGGAUGUGAGCCUGAGUGCAGCUUCUCCUCUAAACUCGACACUGUACAAUGGCAACACCAGUGGAGCAGGCAGCAGCAAUGGAUUAGGUUCGGGCAGUAGUGCCUACUUUACACCCGACAUGUCGCACAGCCUCAGCCUGAAUGUGGUCAGUGAGCAGGUGUUGCUGCAGGAAGCCGUCGCCCAGAAUGAGUUGCUCUACGAGAUGACACCAAAUUCGAAUGCCAUGUGGAGUGAUAUCAGCAGUGCCAUUAUCCAUACCAAACACGAGCCAUUCAGCCUGGACGAUGACUACAUCUUUCCCAACGACAAGGCCGAGAUCCAGGCGGCCGAUCUGUCCGAUCUUAAUGGAGGCGAUUUCCUAGAUGUCAUUGGGAACAUAGAGGAUUUCUUGCCGCAGACCACAGUCUCUCAAAGUGUCAAUUUCUUGCUGUCUCCGCAGACCCAAGGACAGGAUGCCCUGGUGGCACCGCCAAUGGAACUUCUACAACAGCAGCAGCAGAAUCAGCAGCAACUGCAUGUUGGUAGCUUGCCACAAUUGCAGACACUGCUCACGCUAACCCAGCAACAGCAGCAUUCGAACAGUUCCUCCACUAGUCCUUAUGAGAUCUAUCACAGUACACCCCAAAAGCCACAACAACAGCAGCUAUCUGCCAGCUUUUCGCCCGGCAGCCAGGCUUCUCAAUCGCCAUUAACCCCACCGCCACCGCCGCAUGCCAAUCGACCACCGUAUCAGGUGGUAAAGUCGCGCAACAUGCAGGAACUGAUGAAGAAGGGCUAUCCCAUGUCCUCGCCACCAGAGCGCUCGAUACUAAGUCAAACCGCCGCUCUAAGUCCGGGUGGUAGUAGUGGUUUUGGCAGCUCGGCUUCCGGAAACAGUACAACUACCAGUAAUCAGACACCUGGAUCAGCCGUGCGCAAAUCCUUUGGUCACCAGAGCGCCGUGGAUAACUCUCAGCUAAGUCGUCUCAGCUCUUCGGCUCCAACACACCUGGGAUUGGAGCACAUCUGGAUGCGACGAGAGCCACGACAGCAUUUACUCUCCACCGGCUCGCUGGCCGAGGCCGAUAGCUACUCCUCGCUGAGCACGGGCAGUGUUUUGUCUCCCGAUGGCAUCGACUUCUCGCAGGACGAUGACGAUGACAAUUCUAGUGAGAACAGCGACAACUACGACGACUUCAGCAGCGACAAUGGACUCUCUGGGGAUGAAGAUGAGACACGCACCUCGACACCGAAUCAUUUGUCCGGCAAGGGCAAAGAGCGAUUCUUCUGGCAGUACAAUGUACAGGCCAAGGGACCCAAAGGGAAAAGGCUGGUCUUCCAAUCGAAGCUAGAAGAUCCCCAUGUGCUGAACGAGGUGACUGACCCCGUCUUUAGUCCCACGUGCUCCGUACGUGGUAUCAAAGUGUACAAGCACAGUGGAAAGGCUCGCAAGGGCGAUGGCAACGAUUUGACCCCCAAUGCCAAGAAGCUGCACAACAUUGGCAAGGAAUUGGACAAGCUGAGCCGCACCAUCAACGACAUGACGCCGGUUUCCGAGCUGCCCUUCAAUGUGCGCCCAAAGUCGCGCAAGGAAAAGAACAAGCUGGCCUCACGUGCCUGUCGCCUGAAGAAGAAGGCUCAGCACGAGGCCAACAAAAUUAAGCUUUAUGGCCUUGAAAUUGAACACAAGCGCCUCAUUAAUGGCAUUGCCGAACUUAAGCAGGCAUUGGUCGUCAAGCAUCGCACCAAGACUCUAGGAGAGCCCACCGAGGAGGUGGACCAACAAAUUUCACGCAUUUAUACAACCGCCUCGUCUGGAAUCCGCAUUGCGGGUGGCUCAACGGAUUUUGUGAACAAGGUGUUGGAGAAUAUGCGCGGCGGCAUGCCAAAUGGAGGACUCGAGGAGCUACGUAAAUCGUCGUAGACCCAAAACAGAAUAUCUAAAGCUAACGAACCGCCCAUCAAGAUUAGUUUAAACAAGUUAAGAGCCGCAUAGGAGUCCCAGCAACAGCAACUACCAAACCGACACCACCAACCAACCAAUAACUGAAACCCAUAUUUUGACAGGAUCACAAUUGGAUUUGGAAUGGAAACAGAAUGGGAAAACAACGGAAACAUUUUCUUGAAUUAAGGAUUAAUCAAGAAAAUACUUACUGAACCUGCAUCCCUCCUCAAUACACAAUGUUCUGUUAAAAUUGUUCUGCAUGAGUGAUAUAAUAUUGAUAACCGAGAUAAUAACUGUGAUUUAAAGAGCCUGGGCUUUGUAUGUUUUGUAUGGCAGGAAAUAGAAGAAAAUAUUUUUUACUUUUUUCGCGACCAAUUCGAAACCAGAAAGCCAGAGCCAAACAAACGUAAACAAAAGAAAAAAACAAAAUUCCUUUUGAAAAUGCAACAUUAACAAAUUGAAAGAAAGAAAGAAAAAAACAAAAAACGAAAAGAAAGAGGCAACCACAAAACAAAACAAAACUGAAAAAGAAAAAGAAAAUGUGUAAAAAAUACAAAAUUUUGUUUAGAUGCUAAGAAUGUUAAUGAACGGAAUGUUAGAAUGAGAGCAAGUGAAUUUUGUAGGACUUCGCUACCAGUUUUACCUGCUUAACGAAUAAGGGUUUGAAUUCAUUUGAUUCGUUUGGAAAAACAAGAUUAUCUGGAAUGCUAAAAAUCAUUUAAAAUUAAGUUAUAUACAACUGCGAUUUAUCUGUUUAAGUUUUUAAAAAGAAGAAAGCUAUAUUAACGCUGUAUAAUUUGGUUCAAUGUUUUAGUCAUAGGUUUUUACAUUUAACUCAAUGUGGAGAGAGAGCUUUUAUAUAGAACAUACAUAUAUACCUACAUAUAUAUAUAUAUUAAAUUUAUCGGUAAUCCUAAUUGUUUUGGCCCCUCAUCCAAUAUAUAUUUUAUGGUCCUAGGUUGUCGUUCUUAAGUUUUCCAUUUUGUUAAAGAAAAGUUUGAAUUGUUUCCAAAUAUGAAUGUUUUGCGAAACUUGAUUAAUUUACUUAAAUGCUAUAAACUAUCUAUAUAUACAUACAUAUACAUACAUGCGUGGUGAUAUAAUUUUAAUUUGUCUUUUUAUGCUUUUAUUUCUUGAUGUUAAGUGUAGGUUUCAAAAUGCUUGAAUUCUAUAGCUGAGAAUGAAGUAAUUUUAAGUUUUUCUAUUAUCCAUACGAUUUGCUAUAUGAAAUACCUUCAAUAUAAAUUAUAAUUUAUUAAUUUUUAGGCACACAUGAAAACAUUUUCAAGGCUUCAGUUUUACUUUUCACUUUCGGGCUACUCCAAAACAAAAAAAAAAUUAACAAAAAAAUAUAAGAAAAAACACCAAACAAAAAAGUAAUACCACUUUGAGUUUUAUUCUAAUUUUGCAUUAUCGAAAUGAAUAUUUUUGCUCUGCUUCGAUGCUAAUUUUGUGAUAUUUGUAUUCAAAUUUACUUUGUUGUGUAAUUCGUUUGGGGCGGGAUACUCCUCCUUUUUUUGGUUUUUAUUUUACAUUUACUAUUUGUAGCCUUUCUUACUGCUAUUUGUUGCUUAACGUGUUGUGUUCAAUUGAUAUCAAAAGAAUUAACUUUCGAAAGGGAAACUACAUUCUAACUGGAGGGUAACAGAAACAGAUCGAGAAUGAGAACGAAAAUACAAAUUACAAAAGUGAUUCAAGUUAAAAACUUAGAACUUAGGUACUCGUAUCACCCACAGCGAUGAACACGUGGACAUAACAAAUUGUAGUUGUUAAACUAGGCUUAAACAAAUAUAAUACA